AUGACAAACUUUUCUAUAAACUACGUUACCUUGUAUUUCAUUUCCUACUCAAUCACUAUUAGAACAAAUUCUUCCAUUCUUAUCACAUCUAUAUCACUAUUAAAAAUUACAACAUGGACAGCCCUCCGGGACGCGAAGGUGAAGUGGAUUUCCCGGCACCCGGGGCGUCGAAGCCCUGUAAGACAUGGUACAAGGUCUUCGGCGAGCUGGACUCGCCACCUCUCAUUGUUCUACACGGCGGUCCAGGUGCCGGCCACGAGUACAUGAUCACACUGGUUGACCUUUAUGAGAAGCACAAGAUCCCGAUCGUCUUAUAUGAUCAAGUCGGUUGUGGCCGCUCCACGCACUUUCGGGAGAAAGCUGGCGACGAGUCGUUCUGGACAAUGGACCUCUUUAUCGCCGAACUUGAUAACCUGGUCGACCAUCUGCAGUUGCGAGAGGUCGGGUUCUCUGUUCUUGGCCAGAGCUGGGGUGGAAUCGUUGUCGGCGCCUAUGCGUCGCGCAGGCCGAAAGGUUUAAGGAAGCUUAUCAUUGCCGGUGGGCCUGCAAGCUUGCCCUUAUACUCGGAGGGAUGUAAGUAUCUUCUUUCUCAGCUGCCACCAGACGUGCGGCGCACCAUCGAGGAAUGCGAGAGCAAGGGCGACUACGAAAGCGAAGAGUUCCAGAAAGCUAGCGCCGUAUUUUACGCACGCCACUUCUGCAAACUAGACCCGUUUCCUGAGCCUGUCCAAGUCGGAUUUAGACACUUAAAGGAGGACCCGACGGCGUAUCUCACUAUGCAGGGACCUUCGGAAUUCACCAUCGUGGGUAGUUUCAAAGACUGGGAGCCGUGGAAGGAGGCACACAAGAUCGAGGUCGAAGCACUGCUUAUCAACGGUGAUCAAGACGAGGCGAUGGAUCUUUGCAUCGAACCCUGGUUUAGGAGUAUUGCCAAAGUCAAAUGGAUCACGCUGAGCAAUUCCAGCCAUAUGACUCAUUGGGAGCAUCGCGAUAGAUUUAAUGACCUCUGCGGAACGUUCCUCUUGAGUAAAUGAGAGCCAAAAGUUUCGAUGUUAUAUGAGGAUAUUUCCGAGGAUCUAGAUAUGCGUAUAUCGGCCUUCUCGGCCGAAAUCUUUUGGAAUGCACCCAUAGUUGUACCGAUUAAAGCCUGUGAGGGGCGGUGUAAUGGAUGUAGCUAAUUUCUGACGCGUGCCCAAAUAUCAACCCUCCCUCAACUUUGAAAUUUAUGACGAAUCAUACAUCUAAA